AACCCAAACACAGCAGCAGCAGCAGCAGCAGCAUUCUGCAGCAGCAGCAGCAGCAGCACAUGCAGCAGUGGCUGUGCACGAGGCGGCCAGUCAUCCUGUAAAUAUUUCCGAGCACAAAAACAUAAGAGCGGAGCGAACAGUCGAUUGUUUUCCCUGCUUAUCUCUCCGGGACAGUAUCCUGCUUUUUUUUGAAGGCAGGGCUUUCGGUGACACACAGCUUCCUUCUCAACCUUCUCAACAGUGGUGACUUCACUUCCCAAAUUUAGAGGAAAGAAAAAAGUCAAUCCGCUAAAGUGUCUCUUUCUCUCCGCCACAUACCGGGGCUGGAAUUAAUUCAGGAGCGUGUCAUGUUCGGGAUAUUGUCGGGGUCCGCUGAAAAUUGCGCAAAAUGGACGGAACUAUUAAGGAGGCACUGUCAGUGGUGAGUGAAGACCAGUCCUUAUUUGAGCCUCCGUACGCUGCUGCUGCCCCUCUCCCCAAGACAGACAUGACUGCAUCUGGGACACAGGACUAUGGACAGACCCACAAAAUCAACCCCUUGCCCCCACAGCAGGAGUGGAUCAACCAGCCGGUGCGGGUCAACGUCAAGAGGGAAUACGAGCACAUGAACGGAUCCAGCAAAGAGUCUCCCGUGGACUGCAGUGUGGGUAAAUGCAAUAAGAUGGUGGGGGGCACUGACACCUCCCAGAUGAGCUACGGAAGCUACAUGGAUGAGAAGAACGUCCCUCCCCCAAACAUGACCACCAAUGAGCGUAGAGUCAUCGUACCUGCAGACCCAUCACUCUGGUCCCAGGACCACGUGCGCCAGUGGCUGGAGUGGGCCAUCAAGGAAUACGGCCUGCUGGAGAUCGACACGGCCAUGUUCCACAACACAGACGGCAAGGAGCUCUGCAAGAUGAGCAAGGACGACUUCCUCCGACUCACCAGCAUGUACAACGCCGAAGUGCUCCUCUCUCAUCUCAAUUACCUCAGGGAAAGUAGCUCAUCGUUAUCCUACAACACUCCAUCUCACACAGACCAAUCCCCUCGACUGGCUGCCAAAGAAGACCCUUCAUACGAUGCUGUACGGAGGUCAUCAGGAUGGUCCAACAACAUGCACAGCGGCAAAGGCUCACCAGUGGUUCCUCAGAAUGUGACCAAAUCCAAUGAGCAGCCCAGAGCUCAGCCAGACCCGUACCAGAUCCUUGGACCCACCAGUAGUCGUCUAGCUAAUCCAGGUUCGGGUCAGAUCCAGCUGUGGCAGUUCCUCCUGGAGCUCCUGUCCGACAGCGCCAACGCCGGCUGCAUCACCUGGGAGGGCACCAACGGCGAGUUCAAGAUGACGGACCCCGACGAGGUGGCGCGGCGCUGGGGCGAGCGUAAGAGCAAGCCCAACAUGAACUACGACAAGCUGAGCCGCGCGCUGCGCUACUACUACGACAAGAACAUCAUGACCAAGGUGCACGGCAAGCGCUACGCCUACAAGUUCGACUUCCACGGGAUCGCUCAGGCACUGCAGCCUCACCCCACCGAGUCCUCCAUGUACAAGUACCCCUCAGACCUCGCCUACGUGCCUUCCUACCACGCCCAUCAACAGAAGGUCAACUUUGUGUCCCCCCACCCUCCGUCCAUGCCCGUCACCUCCUCCAACUUCUUCGGACCCACUACUCCAUACUGGAGCUCACCCACUGCUGGCAUCUACCCCAACCCAAAUGUCCCUCGCCACCCUAACACCCACGUGCCUUCUCAUUUGGGUAGUUACUAUUGAAUCUGCCCUUCAGGUUCCAAAGCCCCCUCUGCCCCCUCCCAAACCCCCCUUCCUCUUCCAGUAGAGUGCACAAUUGCUGACCAGCGCUCUCAGUGAUGCCAAACCAGUGAAGACUGAUUUGGGUCUGAUUUUACCCUGAAGAAAAUCUGCUCCAAUAUGAAGGACGACUGAAUUGAAGGAGUUUUUAUAUAUAUAUAUGUAUUUGUAAGAAUUUAUAAACAAUUGGAUGCUACGCUCCAUAAUGGAAUACUACUUACCUUUACAAGACUAGCAAGUGUUUUGGUGUAUUUUUUUUUCCUUAAGCCUCUUGGACGUGCGUCUGAGUUCCUGUGCCGUUGUUUCCCGUCCCCCGUGGAAGCUGAACCCAAUCCAAACCAAAGCCGGAGGAUAGGAGAAACAGGCCGAGUGUGUCCGCCUCCUCACCCUGCAACAGAACCAGACAUGGACCUGUAAUUGAUGGGUCUCAAUCUACAUCCUCCCCAGUGCAUUAUGUACAUAAUGCUUUUAAGCAUCUGCCUUUUCCGCUCGUCUACAGCCUUGUCGGGGUUUCCUAUUCCCAUCUCAUCUACCCUUGUGUUUCCACUGGCUCAUCUGUUCAUCUGUCCAUCUGCGUCUUUUUAUGUGUGUGCGGAGUCCUCUGAAAUUUACUGGAUAAUGAGGACCUUCGCCGACAAAUGGACGUUUCUCAGCACUGAAUGAUAAUCUGGCAACUGGAAUAUGCCGCUCACUAUUUUACUGAUCCUCCUAACUGGAAGGCCAGAGAAGGGUGAAAUGCCGAAGAGGGAAGCGCUGUAUGUUUAGCUCACCUGGGUCACUAAAAUUGCCUUAUAAAUGCGUGUGUGGGGCCAAAGAUUGUGAUCGAAGCGUACGGUCGACAGUCGAGAUGUGACCGAAGGGAAUUACCAACAGUUUUGAACCCUGGUCGGAUGUUUUCAGGGGCCCAAACACACGAGGCUACUGAAUGUUUGUCUAUGUUGUCGCCUUGCAGUCAUGCCGUUUCCGGAUGUUUCUGUCACUUAACCGCGUCAGUAUUAAUGUGAAUGUUUUCUGGUUUGUGCCCUGCAGCGUAAUCUAAAGUCCUCGGAUGAUUUUAUGAGGAAAAAUAAAACAAAAUAAAACCAAACUAAAAGAAAAGCCAACUUGAUGGAUGCACUUGUCUGGUUGACAAACAAGUCCGUGCCUUUCUCACGUAGCUGGAGGUGAGGUGGAUAUUUUUCACUGAUGUAGUUUCGACAUGCAGUACACAGUAAAAGCCAAAAAAAAAAAAAGAAAAAAAAAAAAAGAAUUCUCCUCUAACUGCUGUUCCGUGCCACAUUUUUCCUGAUUAUUCCUUAAGGAAUAUUGUUUCAGUAACAGAUGUAACGUAUGACAAAAAUGAUUUUCAACAUCUGACCAGAAAAUCUUGACAUUUCUUUGGUUAGCUAAAGUGCACUCGGAUGAUAUCGGCCGCCACGGUGUCUCCUUCCUUCUCACGUAAGCCAGUCAGGACCAAAAAAAAGCUUAUUGGACAGAUCUGUGCGUAGAAAGCCACGUUGUAUUUUUUUUGUUUUUUGUUUUAAUCAGGGCUGGAUCCUAGUUUGAGAGCAGCAUGUAUAUUUGAAUGUUAGUUUCUCACUGAUCUAAAGCCCUGCACGUGCACGUGAUUCUCAACUCAAGUCAGGAUUUUAGCAUCAUCUUCAUCAUCAUCAUCAUCGUCGUCGUCGUCGUCAUCCUUGCAACAUGUCAAAAAGAUAUCUGCGUUUGUGUUCACAGAUGAUUUUUUUUCCCCUCUUUGGUCAGAUUGACAGAGAGUGGACACUUGAAAAUAAAUUACUUGGAAAUGAAGUAGUUUUUCAGAGGACAAAAUCCAUUGACGUAUGACACACUAGAAACAAGAAAAUCCUCAGAUUCGCGAACGCUGUGCGUUUGUCAGACCUAUAUUGUAUUAUUUUAUAAGCAUCAAUCAAACUAGGCAUUAAAGCAACUUACUGUAUAAAUUAUGCAGAGUUAUUUUCAUAUGUGACACAGUAUUAAAGAAAAUAAAAGUCAAGAUAAUUAUUACGAGUUGACCUCGGUCAAAAUGCAAAACCUUUUGAGUCCAUUUCUGAUAAGUAGUGUGUUGAGCAUCGAAGCAUUUUUAUAUCUGUACAUUUGGGCAGGACAUGUUAACUUUUUUUUUUUUUAAUAUCAUAUUAUUGUUGUUGUUGUUUCUCAAAUCCAGUUGUUUCAUCCUAAAUGCACACAGAAGAUGUUUGUAUUCCAAAGAUCAUAAACGCCUGCUUGAAUCAUAAUCACAAUCCAAUAGCCAGGGUUUUCUCUUCGCUCUAUAUACAUACUCACAUAGUUACUUUCCACUUUAAAUCACCUUUUUUUCAGGUAGAAAACCAAAUGAUUUGAAGCUUUCACCGAUCUGUACAGGGAAGAAUUUUGGGGUAUUUUAUGCAAAAAUAAAAAAAUAAAAUAAAAAAAAUAACACCAACAGUAUUAGAAUUAACUCUCCAGAAGUUUUUUAAGAUCAAAUGAAUAAAAAAAAAA